AUGGAUCCUACCGAACCUGCGCCCGAGAACGUACCGCCCUACAUCGCGGCAGCCCGCCGGCAUGGGAUACCGCUCCGCCAGAGCGCCCCCAUCAGACGGGGUCCUAUGCCCCUUCAGCUUCCCAUCCUCGAGCAUCUCAAGACCAAGAGAGUUAUUCUGGCAUCAGCAUCACCGAGGCGGAAAGCUCUUCUCAGCCAGCUUGGCUUGGACAACGUCGAAAUCUUCCCAUCAGACAAGCCCGAAGACGUCCAAAAGGGCAAGAUUACCCCCGAAGAAUAUGUCGCCGAGACCGCCCGCCGCAAGAUCCUGCACGUAUACGAGCAGGCCCUGUUGCAGCAAGAAGAGGACGAAAAGAAGAAGGACGUAGAGAGGCCCGCCGAUCCCGCUCUCGUCAUCUCCGCCGACACGGUCAUCGCUACACGCUCCGGUCGGAUCCUCGAGAAGCCGCGCGACGAGCAGGACCAUAUCCGCAUGCUGAAACACCUUCGCGACACGCGCGUACAUCGUGUAUUGACGGCCGUAUGUGUGCUCGCUCCCAAGGAGAACCUUACCCACCCUGGAUAUGAGCUGGAGACGCACGUGGAAGACACCGAGGUCUACUUUGCGCAGGCCAAGGACGGAUUGCCCGAUGACGUAAUUGAGGCAUACGUCAAGACACGCGAGGGUGCGGAUAAGGCUGGCGGUUAUGCCAUCCAGGGCAUUGGAGGCAUGGUGCUGGUUGAAAAGAUUGAGGGCAGCGUGGACAAUGUGAUUGGGUUGCCGGUCAGGAAAACCUUGCAGUUAGCAGAGAAGGUGAUCUUCAACCAAGGGUACGAGGAUGAAGUUAUUGGCAGCGAUGAGGAGGAUGAAGAGGAAUAA